CAAUGCAUCAAGUUUGGCGGCGCCCGCCUCCUCCGCCUGGCGCACGCUUUGAUUCAUCCUUCCUCGCCCUGUCCAGCAGCGAGUCAGAGCAGUUCCCGGGCGGCUCAGCCUCUGCCGCAGCGGUGCGCGCCGCCGGAGAAGGCUAAGGGAAGGGGGAGAGGGCGGAGCCAGGCUUCGCGAGAUCUGAAGGCGGGGACCGCAGUGGCUCCGACCCCCGUUGCGGCGCGACAAGGUUUCAGCCAGUCGGCCAGCCAGCCGGCGAAGAAGCUAUGGAUCCGGCCCUCUUGAGUCCCGCGGAGGCACCUGUCCGAGGAGGCGGCUGAUCUCGGGCUCCUCCUGGGCGCCAGCGGAGAGCUUGCCUUUUGCAAAGGGCUUGCUUGGAAAAGUGGUCUUUUUUCUUUCUUUUUAAGAGGAGGCGCCUCAUUUGGAGAGAAGCGACACCCUCCCCCGCCCCAAUUGAGAAAAGGCUUCGGGAAGAUCGCCCGGGGGCUUCCUCGCGGGCCGGGGGAGCCGCGACCUUUCAGCCGAGCAGGGCCGCAAGCCUCCACCUUGUCGGCCCGGGCGCACCUUGAAGCGAAAAGGACGCGGGAGCGCGGGUGGCCGAGCCUUGGGCGGCGCGAUCGGGAGCAGCAGCCGCCGCCUUGCCCAUGGCUGGCUGAAGAAGGGGACCCGCUUCCCACCGCGCCGCCGCUCGCCUUUCCUCGGGCCCAUCCCAACUUUUAUGGCUCCCCCAGCAGCCGGCCGCCUCCUCUGCUUCUUCGUGCCAUCUCGCUCCCCGACUUGGGUCCCUCGCAGACCCGGGGCGACGGGAGCAGCAGCAGCAGCCGUCGUCGUCGGGGUCAGGAGCGGCGGAGCGCCUCGUGCGGCCGACGUCCGUACAGAUCCCGGGGAGGAGGAUCGGGUGUCCAAGGCAAGGGCAGUGGAUCCGGCUGGGACAUUCCGAGCCGCGGCGGGGUUUCCUUGGGGCGGCCGCUGAGCAAGCUAUAAAUACCCUCCCGGGAAGGUUCUUGCCCAGGAUCGUCUGACUGUUGACCGCAAGAGGUUGCUUGGAAAGGGCGGGACGAGCCCACCGGAGCGGCCCACCUCCCGGCCGAGAAGGGAGCGCACCCUGGAUCCGAUCUCCCAGCAUGGCCGCCCCGCGACCCCUCUCGCUGCUGCUCUGCCUGGCCCUGGUGACCCUGUGCCAAGGUGGCUGCGUGGAGGUGGAUGCAGACACGGAGGCCGUAGUUGGCGAGACUUUCAAGAUCCGUUGCAUCUCGUGCAAAAGGCGCAGUGAAACAGAGGCAGAAGCUUUUACUGAAUGGUACUUCAAAGAAGAGGGGACAACCGACCUGGUCAAGAUUCUUCACUAUGAUUUCUAUGAAAAGCUCGUUGUGUAUGAUCCUCGCUUUGAAAAUCUAGUGGUUUGGAAUGGUACCAAGAAAAUUGCAGAUUUGCAGGAUGUCUCCAUUUUCAUCCUGAACGUGACUUUCGAACACGCAGGGGAAUACAUCUGCAGUGUCAACCGCACACUCCAUUUUGCCAAUGAGUUCUCCUACAACAUCAUGGUCAACAAAACCAUCCAUCUUGAUGUGGUUGAAAAAGCCAAUCGGGAUAUGGCAUCUAUUGUCUCCGAAAUCAUGAUGUAUGUCCUCAUUGUUGUCCUGACGAUCUGGCUGGUAGCUGAGAUGAUCUAUUGCUACAAGAAAAUUGCUGCAGCAACAGAAGCAGCUGCUCAAGAAAAUGCUUCUGAAUACUUGGCCAUCACGUCGGAAAGUAAAGAAAACUGCACAGGGGUGCAGGUAGCUGAAUAGCCCAGGCCAGGCCAUUGGCGGGCACUGGGAUUCCUGGUUUUUAUAAGGGAUGAGGCUUUGACAAGAAGUGGAGAAGAGGCAAAGUGACUCAGCAGAGCCAUCAGCAGCCCAGAGAAGAAGUGAGCUGGAGCCAAGCAGCCCCUCCCCCCACUGCACGGUCCUUUUCCUUAAUGAAAGCAUGCUAUUUUUAAUACCAGAGCUCUGUAUCUAAGCCAGCCACUCAGAGACAGUCAUGCAUAUUUUUCGGGGAAGGGUGGGUUUCUCCUGACAGGGCUUUCGCUCUUUCAGUCCCAGGUUAUCACCUUCCGGAGUGAGAAUUGCCCCUGCCAUUAGCAUGAUGAGAACAUAGCAUGGUGGCUUGCUCACGUAAUGCAAAGCUUGAGGUUCUCUCCCACGGUGGCCCCCCCAGGCCGGCCAGAGGCCUCUUUCCUUUAUGAGCACUUGCGCUUUCUGAUGUUUUGCACAUUUCUCGCGCUUCGAGUUCUUUCGGUUACUUCGCAACCAGCACUUUCGAUGGGUCUGUGGAGAGGACCCCAUCUUUCUCUUCUAUGCCUCAAGAUGGAUCUGGACUUCUGAGUGGCCGCAGCCAGCAAUGGGUUGAGUGAAGACUGGGUAGAAGACAACUACCUAAUGGUUCCUAAGCCAUGGAGGGAAUGCUCGGAUGCCAACCCUGUCCUAACUGAUGCAGAGCGAACUCUCUGGGGCAGGUACGGAUUGUGCCACCCAAAGGCCCAUUGCUAGCACAGGCGCCACCGUUCACUUAAUUUUCUACCAAGGUUUCCUUCCAAGCUGGCUGGCUGGCAGGCAAUGCAGGUAUUGACGGUCUUUGCAAAGGAGAGACGCCUUGGAAUAGAAAUCUGAUGGAGGAGGAGACUUUUGCUUCUCUCCCUCUGUCCCAGAGAUGUGGGUUGUCACGGUGCCCUGUGUUGGGCUUUGGUGGCUGAGCUUGGCCUUGGAAUUGGUGCAGACCAACCGUCACAGCAAUGCCAUCACCCCGUUGUCCUCCUCCACAUUUUCCCUUCCCAGAUCCAUGAUUACCUUGCCAGGCCAUUUUGGCUGUUUGGAGAAUACUCUGACCUCUCCCCCCUGCUCAGAUCCCCUCCCUCUGGGGCUGGUCCUAAGAACCAGCUGCCAUCACAAUAGAAUAGGGUUUGUUCAUAAAUAAAGACGAUUGAAUUUCA